GAAUCCGGCAAGGCGAGUACAGUCGCACCGACGACCGCAUCCGAAAGCGAACGUUUGCCAGCUCACUUAAAUCUCCUGCCUGCCUCCACACACAAUCACGACCACCACACUCAGCAGAGUCCAUGGCAAUAUUGAAUGAAUCCGAGAUAGCGCACCGAGUCUCGCUUGCUGUUGCUGGAAUCCCGCUGGGCUUUCGGCUGUGUAAUCUGUCUCGAGCAGGCAGUCGUUGUUUCACAAGUAGCUUCGAACGGACGUAAUUUCACAUAUAGUCGCGAAGUGCGCGCGCGCGUUAGAGAAUAAUCAGCUUUUCGAGAGGCGAACAAUCAAGAGACGUGGCCUAUUGAUUCUUCAUGACAUGAACUGUUAGAGAGUGCAGUGUUCCAAAUUGUUUCGGUGCUGGAAGUGAUGCCCCCGGUUGUCGAGUGACACAGACACGUCAAUUACAGUUGUACGAGCACGCUGCUAAACGCAGCAAAUUCUGCCUAUCCCUACUGACGGCCCAACAACGUGAGUGAACGUGUGCAAUUGCGUCGUAGUUUUGUGUUCGUUAUCACCGGUUCUCCCAAUCGGAGUGUGUGUGUUUGUGUGUUAUCAGAUUAUCCAGUGAGGGGGAGCUUCAGUCAGCCUCCCAUUCCGUAAAGUCACAGCAAAACAGCGCAAAACUGGCGUCCACGGCGUUACCAAUGCAAGAACAGCAACAGCAAGACCAACCACAGUCAUCAGCCACAAACGGCAGUCGAAUGUCUCGAAAAAGGCCACGCGAUGCGUCAGUCCCGCUGGCAGCGGGACGAACCGAUGAAUCUGUUUCGAUUGAAAUUCCGUCGUCGGAUGACCAACAACCGGCAAAUGGACACAACAACAAUAAUGGUACCAGCACUACCAACACCACUACCGGAAACGGUGCGACACAGAAACGUUUCAGCAGCAUCCGCAUCGACGACGAUGGAAUGGAAACGGGCAGCAGUGAUAACUGCUGGCCACCCAAUCAGGAUAGCAUCCGGAAUGGGCACGUGAACUUUGAUACUCCGUCAUCUUCGUCAGCUUCGGCGUCGAAACCAUUGACAGGGCCAGCCGUAUCACUAUCCAACUAUUCCAAACAGUUGGGAAGUGGGGUCGAGCAUAGUCCUCCAGUUGUAAGUAGUCAUUACAUAUUUCUCCUAUUAUUCACCAGAAACGUACAAUGUGUUGAAAAUUUCCAUUAAGAGAAUGGAUGUAGG